UAAAUUGACUCUCGUAUUAGACUUGUUCACAGAUAUAUAAGUGCGGUCAUCUGCAGUUCUGGGUUACUUACUUCUCCAACCGUCUUUCAAAAUCAAACAUCAAGACUCUCUGUAUAUCUUCAAUCAUUUUUGUUGCCAACCACUCGUUUUUAAGGCAAUCCUUAUACCAAAGUAACCGUCAAAAUGCAAUUCACUAUCGUCUCAGUCUUGGCUCUUGCCAGCUUAGCUCUCGCUCAAGACAGCGGAAUUCCAGCUUGCGCACAAUCUUGUAUUGAUGAUGCAGUUAAAUCAAAGACCACCUGUGGAGCUACUGAUAAAGCUUGCCAAUGUCUACCUGACAACGUCUCGAGUAUUCAAAACGCUGCUACAACCUGUGUCAUCAGUUCUUGUGGUAUCACCGUCGCUUUGACCGUUCCAGCUGCCGCUGCUGCCGCAUGUUCUGCUCUUCCAGCCUCAUCUGCUGCACCAACUUCUGCUAGCUCUGCUAGCGCUGCUCCAUCUUCUUCGGCCGUCAAAACCAGCAGCUCUGCUGCCGCUCCUUCUUCAUCCGCUGCCGAGUCGUCACCUGUUGUCUCUUCCACUGCUGCCUCCACUCCCGUCUCUUCCCAAGCCUCAACUCCAGUAUCAUCUGUUGUCGCCACCACAGUCACCUCGGGCGUAGCUGCACCAAGUAGUGGCUCUGGUUCCAACGCCACCGCUACUGGUCCAUCACCUACCUCAUCAACAGUCCCUUAUACCGGCGCUGGGGCCCAAGUUAAAGCUAGCUUUGCAGGUGCUCUUGUUCUCGGUGUCGCCGCUGUCUUUGCCUUCUAAGUGAUCGGGUCAAUGAUAAGGAUAUGAAGGAUGUAAUAAUGAUGGAAUGUUAAGGUUUGGAGGGCUUGGAGAGUUUGGAAUAGGGUCUGGAAGCUGGAAGCUGGAAAAGGAAAUGAGAUUGAUGUGUAUGACCGCUGGGUGUUUAAAAUUAAUUCUUCCCGCUUAAUAUUGUAAUGGCUUACCAUUUUAACUACACCACAAAAUCAAUGCAUUUGAAAACAACUAUGCAUCUUGUUGUGCAUUCUUCAAUGUGCUGAGAUAAAGCGGAAACGUGUAAAGAAAGAACCAAAUGAGUCUUAGAAAUGGGAAUCAUAUGUACUUUAUAUUUCUGCGUCGAGGUCCAGGGAUCAAUCACGCAAGAAACCAUAUCGAUGGCGAUGAAAUCGAGUUAUCUCUGGAGGGGGAUAUUCCCUUCAGCAUUUAUCAAUCCCAUAUCAAAAAGCCUCGAUAUUUCCUAUAAUAAAAUCAGCCCUUUUCGGUAGAAGCGGUUGUGACUGUAAUAUUACCAUCUUGGAGCUUCUCGAUGCUUGCUUCGGUGAUACAAAAUGGAAAACGUUGUGAAGAUAAGGAGGAUAAGGUAUUACUGCGCUAGGCCCAAUGAAGCCUUAGUGGACAGUCACCUGUUUCCUACUCACCAACAAUAUUCUCAACCCUCAUUCACCAGUAAUUUUGUGAUUUAUUCCUGCGAUGUACCGGAAAUCUCAAAAAGUGGCACUAAGUGAAGCAAAAAGAGAAGGCCAUUUCACAGCUCCUAGCCUUAUCGUGAGAUGCUUUUGUCACCCCAUCAUCAUAUACAAAGCAUCAAAACGACGGACCUAUCAAUGCUACACUUUGAUGAUAGCAGAAUAAGACUCUGCAUUCUUACUCGUCGGCUAACACUUCGUUUACCUGAUGGCUUGCGUUUGGUCCCGUGCAGACCUCAAUUUAUCAUUAGAGAAGUUAAUCUUGGGUCAAUGAGCAGAAACUCUGUUGUGGCAGGAGCUUUGGUGGUAAGAAUUGCUUCAAUCACAUAUACGAUCACUCCCAAUAUACAGACUAAAGGAACGAAUUCGUUCUGUCACCAAAUCGAUGCGUCGAUAUAUUCGACAACCUUAGGAGCUCCACAGCAGAAACUUGAUUCCAAGGUCUUCUGUUGUUUGGCUCACAAGUCCGUGGAAUGAUAGGGUAAUUCUUGAAGAGACGGAGGUAAGACAUCUACAGAGAUCAUCAUUUUGGAAUUUUGGUGCCCUUGACAAUACAUAGUAUCAAGCUCAUGAUAAUAUCAAAAGACUGGAUAGCUCUGACCUAUAGCUUAAGCUUUUUUUGUUAAUCGUUGAACAUGCUCAGAUAUAGCCUUUGCAUCCUCAUGUUCUGUUAACUCUCCCUCUAUUUCAUUGCAUGGAAGGAGAUGUAAGCCUUGUAAGAUACAUCAUGCCGUCUUUUUGCUCUCUCUAUUGUUUAUGGUUUCUCCGGAACUCUCUGUGGUAUUCCAGAUACUUCUACUGAUUUGUCCCUCGUUCGCAAGUGC